AUGGCCAGAAGACCUGCUCGUUGCUACAGAUACUGCAAGAACAAGCCCUACCCGAAAUCUCGAUUCAACCGUGGUGUCCCCGACCCCAAAAUUCGAAUUUUCGAUCUCGGACGAAAGCGUGCCAAUGUCGACGAGUUCCCUCUCUGCGUGCACAUGGUCUCCAAUGAGUACGAACAGUUGAGCUCUGAAGCUCUCGAAGCCGCGCGUAUCUGCGCCAACAAGUACCUCGUCAAGAUUGCCGGCAAGGAAGGUUUCCACAUGCGUGUUCGCGCCCACCCAUUCCACGUUGUCCGUAUCAACAAGAUGUUGUCUUGCGCUGGUGCCGAUAGACUGCAAACCGGAAUGAGAGGUGCUUGGGGAAAGCCUCAGGGUACCGUCGCCCGUGUGAACAUUGGUCAGAUCCUCCUGUCAGUCCGAACCCGAGACGCCCACCGUGCCACCGCCAUCGAGGCUCUUCGACGAUCCAUGUACAAGUUCCCUGGCCGCCAAAAGAUCAUUGUCAGCAAGAACUGGGGUUUCACUCCCCUCCGCCGCGAGGAGUACAUCAAGCUCAAGCAGGAGGGUCGACUUCUCCAGGAUGGAGCCUACGUUCAAUUCCACCGCAGCCGUGGCGCCAUCGAGCAGAACAUCAAGCGAUUCCCCGGUGCUUACGAAGUUGCUAGCGAGGCAUAG